AGUAGCCAUUUUGGUCCCACCUAAAACAGACAGACCCGCUUCACGUCGGGCCGCUGGAGAUGGGAGAAACCGAGUCUAUGGCGAGCGUUUCAGUCACCCGGACCUUUUAAAACCGUCUGACAAACACCCACCUUUACCACCGGAGGUCAUGUUGUUUUUUUGAAGCGAGUCAUUUUGGGGGGGGGAGGAAGAAAGAGGACUGUGGUGAUUUUUUGGAAGUGACGACCGACAGCAGCGCCUUCUCGUUAGUUUAGUUAGAUUCACUGACUGAAAGCCGAGCGGACAAACGGACUCCGGCUACCCUGACGAGUCGAACAAAGGUUACAGCAGGAGCAUGAUAUCUCCGCAGCUUAAACACUAAAUACAAGUUGAUUGUAAUUUUUUUUUUAUUUUAGUUUUUUUUUUUUUUGUUACGCUCCGGAAUUUCUCAGGUGCUUGGCUCUAACACGUCCGGUCUGGGCUGAAAAUUGUCACGAUCCAUGCUGAGCCCAUUUUUCCACAGAGACCUGCAACGCAAAGCAAUAAUAACCAGAUUUCUUGGCUGGUGGAUUUAAAACGGAGGAUUAUUUUUUUCAGCUCAAACGGCUCCUGGUUAGGGAAGACCUAAGAAAUGAUGUCAACAAAAACUCCUUUGCCGACGGUCAACGAGAAGGUGACGGAAAGUCACACAUCUCACAGCAACGGGCGCCAGGAGCUCAGCACACGCUCAGGUCGGACCGGCAUGCGAUCCCGCAGCUCGGACGAGUCGCAGCAACCCCAUGUGGGCAACUAUCGGCUGCUCAAGACCAUCGGCAAAGGCAACUUCGCCAAAGUUAAACUUGCCCGGCACAUCCUCACCGGCAGAGAGGUGGCAAUUAAGAUAAUAGACAAGACACAGCUGAACCCAAACAGCCUUCAGAAGCUUUUCAGAGAAGUUAGAAUAAUGAAGAUCUUAAAUCAUCCCAAUAUUGUCAAGCUGUUUGAGGUGAUUGAGACGGAGAGGACCCUCUACCUUGUGAUGGAGUACGCCAGUGGAGGUGAGGUGUUCGACUACCUGGUUGCACACGGAAGAAUGAAGGAAAAGGAGGCCAGGGCUAAAUUUAGACAGAUCGUAUCGGCGGUGCAGUACUGCCACCAGAAGCACAUUGUUCACAGAGACCUCAAGGCGGAGAACUUGUUACUAGACGCGGACAUGAACAUAAAGAUUGCCGAUUUCGGCUUCAGCAACGAGUUCACUUUAGGCAACAAGCUGGAUACGUUCUGCGGCUCUCCGCCGUACGCGGCCCCGGAGCUUUUCCAGGGGAAGAAGUAUGACGGGCCGGAGGUGGACGUCUGGAGUCUGGGGGUCAUCCUGUACACGCUGGUCAGUGGCUCCCUGCCCUUUGAUGGACAGAACCUGAAGGAGUUGCGCGAACGCGUUCUAAGAGGAAAGUACCGCAUUCCUUUCUAUAUGUCCACGGACUGCGAGAACCUCCUGAAACGCUUCCUGGUCCUGAACCCGGCCAAGCGUGGUACUCUCGAGGUGAGGGAGGACACCGAAAAUCAAAUCAUGAAGGAUCGGUGGAUCAAUUCGGGAUUCGAGGAGGACGAGCUGAAGCCUUACACCGAACCAGAACUGGACAUCACAGAUCAGAAGAGAAUAGAUGUGAUGGUGGGUAUGGGCUACAACCUGGAGGAGAUCCAGGACUCCCUGGCCAAGAUGAAGUAUGAUGAGAUCACAGCCACCUACUUGUUGCUGGGCAGGAAAGCCUCUGAGCUGGAGCCCAGCGACUCUGCCUCCAGCAGCAAUCUGUCUCUGGCCAAACCCAGACCAAACAGUGAGCUCAAUGGCCAGUCGCCAUCCCACCUCAAAGUGCAUCGGAGCGUCUCCUCCAACCACAAACAAAGGCGCUACAGUGAGCAAGUUGGUCAGAACGCUCCUCCAGGGAUGGCUCAUCCAAAGAGAAGCCAGACCACCACAGCAGACAACAGUGCGAAGGACGAAAGCGGAGCUCAGCUCCGGAAACCCGGCAGCCGAGGCGGUCUGCCUUCCAGCCCCCUGCUGGGCAACGCCAACAACCCCAACAAGGCUGACAUCCCUGAGCGGAAGAAAGGAGCCACCACCGGCCCGAGCAAUAACUCUGCUUCAGCAGGCAUGACCAGGAGGAACACGUAUGUCUGCAGCGACAGGAACAACGCGGACCGCCUCUCGGUCAUCCCCAACGGGAAGGAGAACAGUGUUGCCGUGUCGCCCGGCGGCCAGAGGAACCCGGUGGCGUCCACCCACAGCAUCAGCAACGCCACCACGCCCGACCGCCUCCGCUUCCCCCGCGGCACGGCCAGCCGCAGCACCUUCCACGGCGGCCAGCUGAGAGACCGCCGUACCGCCACGUACAACGGGCCGCCGGCGUCCCCCACCCUGUCCCACGACGCCACGCCCCUGUCCCAAACCCGCAGCCGCGGAACCAGCAACCUGUUCUCUAAGCUCACGUCCAAACUCACCCGCAGAAACAUGUCAUUCAGGUUUACCAAAAGGGUCAGUAUUGACCCGGCCAAACGGCAGAUAGCCAAAACAGGGCCUGCCAACCCUUCUACCCAGGGAGGAAAGACCCUUAAUUCUCGAGCAGAAGAUAUAGAGAGUUGUAGGAAGAUGAAGAUCUAGAGUAAGGGUUGUUUCAAUCUCCUAAUUUCUCCCUGAGGAAGUCUCUAAAGGAACAGUCUGGUUUUCAGACGUUGCUCCUCCUUCUGUAGUGUUUCUUUGUUGUUGUUGUUGUUUUCGGCGCCAUUUUGGCUACCCUUGGACCUGCUGUCAGUCCCGUCUGUUCUUGUCCUCUUGUCCUCUUUUAGAUGUUAGAAUGUGGAUUCCACACGUUUUGUUUGUUUCCUCUGCGCUGCAGUGCAUGAUGGGAGCCUGUCCAGAACACCCGUCCUGUCAGAGGAGUUUUUAAUGUUACAUUAUUUAGAUGUUCUUUCUGUAUCUAAACGCUUUUAGCAACGUGAGCGCCAUCAGGAAGGUGUUUUUGAUCAACUUUCAGUAGACGUCUGUCAAAUUAUUUCUGAGUUCAUUAUUCAUUUAGGUUGCCAAGGUGAUAUCACACUGCUGUGAGAGACUGUAAAAUAUGAUUUUUACUGUGUUAAAGGCAAAAUGAUUUGGACUUGACGGGGUUUUUUUUUUAGCUGUUUUAGCGUGUUGGACGUUUAGGGUUGCAGCAAAGAGGGAUCUCUGCAGCUUUUUCUAGAAAAUGUAAAUCAUUAUUUCACCUCAGAUUUUUAGGAGGCUGUCGAGUAUUUCCAAAUCCGUCAUGUUUAAUGACGGCCGGAGGUUAACAGCUCAAAAUCGUACAACAGAGAAACGGCUAGAAUUAAUGGUGAACCGAUAAAUCAGCCCAGGUUUCCUUCGUCUGCAAUCUUAUCUCCCUCUGGGAAGGUCAGAAGGUCAGCCACUGUCCUCUUUUACUUUGCUGUGAGAGGUUUGAUGCAGAUGUAACACACCAGGUUACAUCUAUAUGUGUGCGGUUAACAGGCAGCCCACUGUUGCAAACUGAGCAACUUUGUCAACAAUUUUUCAGUUAAAAAAAAAAAAAAAAAUCAAGUUGGUCCAAAGUCGAAAUAGGCCGGUCAAGCUUUUUAAAGACCGGUGAUCUGCCUGAAAACUGGAGUCACAUCUGUCUGUGAUGAGCAGCCUUCCUGUUAUCUGCUGAAGUCAGCUCGCCUCUCUGCCGGUACAACCAGCCACACUAAAGCAGAACACGACCUGAUCUCCUGUAACAGACUGGGAAGUUGUGUACGAAUCAUCAAAGACGUAACGAACACACACCAGCGUGAAGCAUCUGGAAUAAAAAUAGUCUCCUUUUUUAUUAAAUGCCCUCUGACAUAUUCUGUGCUUGAAAAUAGCUGCAGUUGAACGUGGAUACCGCAGGGUGGCUCCUGUCUGUCAGUGGAGCUGAAAAUCGGCAGCAGCACUGAUUUCUUGGCGCGUCUUUAGUAAAUAUGGAGAAAAACAAAAACAGUUGGAGAAAAUAGUUGAAGGGAAGAAAAAACUGUAUUUCUCAGCGUCUCUUCACACAAGCAGAUAAAAUCAUCUCGCAUUAAGUCAACUAAUAUUUCAGUAAAGCAGGCCGGCUCAUUGAUGGACAGAUUUGAUUGGAGAUGCACCGAUCCCAUAUUAAUAUAUGGAUCGGUCCUGAUGUUGAAAAAAAAUUCUACAUCGGAAAUCGGUGAUGAUGUUCCCGAUCCAUAAGGGCGGAUCUAUUCAGUGUAAUUCUACACUGAGCAACGUCAUGCAUUAUUUAUUUCUACAUUCGAUUUGAAUUCCUAAUUUAACUUUUUGUAACAUGUGAAAGGUUUGUUUAUUGUUUGUCAAUUUCCUUAUUUAUUUUCCAUCGGCUGUUCUACUGCUAGUUACACUGAGAACCAAUGAAAGUUGUUUUUCCAUGUUUGACCAGCUAUAUUGGUGAAUUUCAGUGAGCUGUCCUGGUGCAAAGUUAGGAAAUAAAUUUGUAAUUCAGUACAUUUAUGUCUGUUUAAAACAAAAAAGAAAAGAAUAAUUAUUUUAGGCCAGUUCAGCUGAUACUAAACCUCAGAUUUCAGUAUCAGUAGUGAGAAAGUGGAUCAGUGCAUCCCUAGAUGUAACUUUGUUGUUCGAUUCUUUUAAAA